UCCAGGCAUUUUACACAGGCUCUAAAAGCACUACCCGAAUAAGCACUCCAACUAUAAACCAUGGCAAGCGGUAAAGUAUGUUUCCUGGCAACUCUGUGCUCCCUGGUCAUCCUGUCAACCUUUAUCGGCAGCACACAGUCAGCGAGCUGCUGCCUGAGGUACACCAGUCGUCGAUUGCCAUGCCAACGGCUGCUCGACUACACCGUCCAGACGAUUAAAACUUCCUGUGACAUCAACGCUAUUAUAUUCCACCUCCCAGGAAGGUUCGUGUGUGCUGACCCUUCAAGCAUCCGUACUCAGAGAGAGAUGAAAUGUGUGGAUGAAAGGAGGAAGAAGAACCGUAAGAUAAUAGCAAACCGAACCUGAGGCCACGACACAUGAGCUGUAUACGGAAGUUACUGUAUGAAGGAUAUAACUAAUAUUUAAAAGCCUUCGUACACCGAAGUACCCUGAUAGGGAUUAUCAUGUCAUUUUGUUAAAUUAUUAUAUUACAUCUUAUUAUAUAAGAUUGUGUGUUUUAUAAACAGGUAGUAAAUUGUACACUGAAGGUGCAGAGCAUCAUUGGAGAAGUAUAUUUUUGUAAAGACAUUUUAGUAAAGAGGAAUUGAGAGUAAAAGUUUGAAUUGUAAUUUAUAUUGUUAAAGGAUUAAUAAAAACAGAGAUGUUUAAUAAUGCAUUUGUCUGAGUUUCAUAACAUUCAGCAUAUCCACAUGUUACAUACCACCCUUUUUAAUAAAAACAAUUAUUAUAUCUGCUGCACAUUCUAAAUGUUAUCCUAGUUUACAGUGUUAAAUGCGUAAACCAAAGGUCAGAAUUUCAAAUAGGGUGCAAAGAAUCAAGAGGAGCACAAUACAGUAGACAUAAUAUAACAGUAGAUAAAUCACAACGACAAGAGAAUAGAGUUGAAAAAUCAGUUUUCUGAUAAUUAAUAAAGUAAAUAGGCAUAAACGAUAAAAACCCAUUUGAAAUAUAAGAUUU